CAGUAAGAUCCAGAGAUCCUCCCUCCUGUCUCUUACCUGUUUUCAAAGCUAACAGAAAGGGCAAGGAUGGUGGAGGCUUUCUGUGCUACCUGGAAGCUGACGGACAGCCAGAACUUUGAUGAGUACAUGAAGGCUCUAGGUGUGGGCUUUGCCACUAGGCAGGUGGGAAAUGUGACUAAACCAACAGUGAUCAUCAGUCAGGACGGGGACAAAGUGGUGAUCAGGACUCAAAGUACAUUUAAGAACACAGAGAUUAGUUUCCAUCUGGGAGAAGAGUUUGACGAAACCACUGCAGACGACAGAAACUGUAAGUCUGUUGUUAGCCUGGAUGGGGACAAACUUGUUCAUGUACAGAAAUGGGAUGGCAAAGAAACAAAUUUUGUAAGAGAAAUUAAGGAUGGCAAAAUGGCUAUGGUAAGUAAUGGCAAUUCUCCCUUGGUUCCUUCUAGCUUGGCACAGCUCACUCCUGUUCCCCAGCUCCUUCUCCCUCCCUCCCUUCGUUGA